AUGAAUGCAUCUGGUUCUUACUUUGGCAAUGACAGGAAUUAUAACUCGAGUUACUACUCGCCAAAUUCUUCAACAUGGUCUUCGUGGCUGAGUACAUCUUCUCCUGUGGCUGGAAAGCGAUAUAUUUCUCUUUUCUGGAGUGUGGUGUUGGAUGAUAGCAUUGUUUGUUUCAUUUCCUUUUUGUUAGAUAAAUUAUAUAGAAGACAAUCUCGGGAUCAUUACAUGAUGCGAUAUGAAAAAUUAAGCGAGAUUUUAAGAAGAGAUUUAUUUAAUUAUUUAAAUCAUGAAAUUGGAGAAUUGAAAAUUUCUCUUAAUACUACAAAUCAAGAAAUUAGAAUUAGAAAGAAAAAUUCGGAUCGUUCCGAAAAUUAUGAUCACGAAAAUUACUAUUGGAAGGAUUUUUUGAAUUUGCGAGAAAGAAAACAGUUUUUGAACGAAAUAAUAGAAACAGCUAUUCAGCUGAGAAGAAUGGAAAAUGAUGAUCAUGUAGAUACAUUGAAUAUGUUUAAAAGAAAAUCGUUUAGAAUUAUUCAUAUGAUUGUAUCUGGACUUUACUAUAGCUUUUUCAAUGUAUUCAAUGUGGAAUCAAUUGGAAAUUUAUUGAUGAUGCUACGAACAAUGAAAGUCAACAACAACAUGCAAUCAGAAUCACCCACUUCUAGUACACAAACUAUAACAGACAUACCAUGGAUUUCUCAGGUGAUAAAGGCUAUUUUGAGAUCUGUAAUAGUGUUUUACAGUUAUGAUUUGAUCGAUUCGGUCAUGAGUAAUUUAUUGAGCAUUGCCAAAGCCAAUUCUAGAACAGAGCGUGAAAGAGAAAUCGCUAAGUUUAAUGGAGCUGACACUUCAAUUGGAAACAAUGUAUUUAUCACUCCACAGGUGUCAAAUCAGUUGAGAAACGCUGAAAUGCAACAAAGUCGUGCUCAAUCAGAGAAAAUUUAUGAGGCACAGCUUAAACUUUCCAAUAUUUUAACUACGUUGUCAAUAUGCUCUGCAAACGCCAAGGAGGACCUUUCAAAAUCUAUUCAACAACUAGUGGAAGAAUCAAAAGCAUGCUUUAAAAAAUUAAUUUCAAUUCUUGAAAAAGCUGAGGAGUGGACGUGUAAAUAUAAUAGUCUCAACCUUAUUCAAGCAGAAAUGAAAACAACAACAGAAAAUGUGAUUGAUGCAGCUGAAACUCUGUCGUACACUCUCCUCUCACAAACACGCGAAUUGUUACCAAUCUUUAAAGAAACGAUUAACAAUAUUAACAAUGCCGUAAACGAGGUUGUAAAAACUUCUGGAACAGCCGCAGAACGUGACAAGGAUAAUCAGACAUCAUCCAUAAACAAAGUUGGAAAAGAUAAAUCUUCAAAAAAGAACCGUCGCGUUGAAAAGACAAUGGAUCAGUACCGAGAAGUAUUGAAACAAAUGGAUGAGCAAUGUAACAAGCUAUCAACUCUAACAUCAUGUCCGCCAAGCAGUGACGCUCUCAGCACUCCGUUUUACAGACGAGAAUCUUCCUUAAACGAUAGAUUACAGCUGUUUUUAAUGAACUUGCCCAUAAGGACAUUAUUAGUGUACAUUAUAGAUCUCCUUCUCAUGUAUUACAGCGGUACAAGAUUGGAUUUUCUACCAUACGUACUUCAAAGAAACUGA